GGCCGCGGGCCGUUGGCGUCAUGGCGGCGGGGGCUUUGGACGCGGUGCGGAGGGCGUUACGAGAGUUCCCGGCUGAGGCGCGGGAGCUCAGCGUGCCUGCUGCUGUGCCCUACCUGGACCAGCCCCCUACUCCACUCUGCUUCUACCGAGACUGGGUGUGCCCCAACAGGCCCUGCAUCAUCCGAAAUGCCCUGCAGCACUGGCCAGCCCUUCAAAAAUGGUCCUUUCCCUAUUUAAGAGCCACUGUGGGUUCUACAGAGGUGAGUGUGGCUGUGACCCCAGAUGGUUAUGCUGAUGUGGUGCGAGGGGACCGCUUCGUGAUGCCUGCAGAGCGCCACCUGCCCCUGAGCCGUGUGUUGGAUGUGCUGGAGGGUCAAGCCCAGCACCCAGGAGUCCUCUAUGUACAGAAGCAAUGCUCCAACUUGACUACUGAGCUGCCCCAGCUGCUGCCUGACCUGGAGCCCCAUGUGCCCUGGGCCUCUGAGGCUCUGGGAAAGAUGCCUGAUGCUGUGAACUUCUGGCUCGGAGAGGCAGCUGCAGUGACGUCCUUGCACAAGGACCACUAUGAGAACCUGUACUGUGUGGUGUCGGGAGAGAAACACUUCCUGUUACAUCUGCCCAGUGACCGGCCCUUUAUCCCCUAUGAGCUGUACACACCAGCAAGCUACCAGCUGACUGAAGAGGGCACCUUUAAAAUGGUAGAUGAAGAAGCCAUGGAAAAGGUACCCUGGAUCCCCUUGGACCCCCUUGCUCCAGACCUGGCGCAGUACCCAAGUUACAGCCAGGCACAGGCCUUGCACUGCACGGUGCAGGCUGGUGAGCUGCUCUACCUACCAGCUCUGUGGUUCCACCAUGUCCAGCAGUCCCAUGGUUGCAUUGCUGUGAAUUUCUGGUAUGACAUGGAAUAUGACCUCAAGUACAGUUACUUCCAGCUGCUCGACUGCCUCACGAAGGCUGCAGGUCUCAACUGAUGGUGUCCUGUGCACACCACCAAGGACAGCUCAGGAGAAAGGUCAAGUUCUUUCUGGCCUGGUCAACUGCAGAGACAACCU